AUGUCUCCCCUUCUCCCCACCGAAACAACCUACACCCUCUACACCUACUACCAAUCCACCUGCGCCAACCGCGUCGUAAUCGCGCUACACCACAAAUCCAUCCCCUUCGCGCACCACUACAUCGACCUCCGCGCGGCGGAGCACGAAACCGCCGCCUUCGCCGCCCUCAACCCCAGCCGCAGCCUGCCCGUGCUGGUCAUCACCGACGCGACGACGGGCACCGAGACGAUCCUCACGCAAUCCGUGGCCAUCCUCGAAUACCUGGAAGAAGCGCACCCGAACCGCACGCCGCUCCUGCCGCCCGUCCAUGCACCGCUCCAGCGCGCCCGGGUCCGUGAGCUCGUUAACCUCAUCACCAACGACAUCCAGCCGCUCUCGAACGGGCGGAUCGCGCGCCGCGUGCGGCAGAUCCGCGACGAGGUGCAGGACCAGCUGGCCUUUGUGCAGGAGGUUAAUGUCGCCGGGUUGACGGCGUAUGAGCGGUUAUUAGAGCGGUACGGUGCGGAUAGCAUGUACUCCGUUGGGGAUGAGGUGACUUUGGCGGACGUUUGUUUGGUGCCGGCUGUUGAGAUGGCGGUGGCGUAUCGGACGGAUUUGAGUGGGUUGGACAGGGUGAGGGGCGUGGUGGAGAGGUUGAAUGCUUUGCAGGCUUUUCGUAUGGGGGAUUGGAGGAGGCAGGGGGAUACGCCGGUUGAGGUCAGGGUUGAGUAGGUUCAGGUUGUCGCAUUCAAUUGUGUGCUAUACUGUACAAGCCCAGCUGGUAGUAGCGGGUGCCGCUGCGCAGUGGGAUAAGGUAGGUAUAUAUGUAACACGGAAAGCACGAAUGGGAUAAGGCCCGAUGACAACCAUGAUCAAGAACCUGUAUUCCUGGAUUAUAC